GUCCGGCUAGCACCGCUGCUGGGCCGCCCAAACCCGCAAGACGACCAGGCAACGAGCCCUCCUGGCUCCACAAGUAGUGCCACGACGCGGACACACGGCGCUCCCAAGCCGGCCGGCAGGGAAGCUCUUCACUCCCUCCUCCUCCUCCUCCUCCUCCUCUUCCUCCUCUUCCUCCUCUUCACCCUCCUCCUCCUCCUCUUCCUCCUGCGGGACAGACAGCAUCCUAUGCGGCUCAAGAUGGCGGUGCAGGGAGCAGAAAACGAGGCGAUUGUUAGUAUUCUUGCAGCCCGGCGCGGCGGAUUGCGUUUUCUUCUUCUUCUUCUUGAAACUGGCUUCUUUUGUGUGCGUGCAUGUUCGAUUCCCGCAUGGCGGCUUUGUGCACGCAGCGAGGCGCUUGUGGGUGUCGGGGCUCACCUGGCCCGCCGGUGCUCGGAGGGUUGACCGCUCGGUCGGAGCUCCCCUUGUUGUGUUCAAGGACCCAUAUUGUGUUUAUUGUUAAAUUAAAAAAAAGAAAAAAUAUAUAUAUUAUUUUUUUUGUACAGAUGGUGGAGGACGAGCAGCUGAACGACUCGUUGGGGAGCGUCAGCCUCAUCUCACCUGACAAGGGGGAUCUUGCACGGCUCCUGACGGUGCCCUUCAGCGGACGCAUCCGGGGUGGCAUGAGGCCCGGGAAGAAGAUCAUCGUGAUGGGCAUCAUGGACCUGGAGCCAGACAGUUUUGAUGUCAGCCUGACCUGCGCCCGGGACACGGACAAGGAGGAUGCGGCGUACGACGUGGCCCUCAAACUCACCGCCCGCUUCUCGGACCGCCAGUUCCUGCGCAGCGCCCGCGUGGCCGGCAAGUGGACCGAGGAGGAGGCCUCCACCGCCUACUUUCCUUUCAUCGCAGAUCAGCCUUUUAGGGUAAAAAAAAGUUUGUCACAAAUUAAAAUACGGGAUACACACGCUUGCCAAAAAUUGCCGUUUUCAGGCACGUGCGUUGCGAUCGAAGCUCGCUUGUCGGCGAUGAGCACGGAAACGAAAUUGCGUCUUGAUGACAACGAUAAAACAUGUCGCGGUUGUGUCCAACACAAUAAUUGCAGUCCCGGCGGCGGCGGAGCAACUGGACUCGCGUAGCGCUGCUUUGGACCCGCUCUGCCGUGCGUGUCCACACGUGUCCAGCUGUCUUGCAGCAGCUGUCCUGCGGGGAUUAUCGCGACGAAACCUCUUCGAUUUGUAAAUGGUAGAUGAUGUCAAACAAGUGUGGACACGCUCGUUGUUUUUGCCAAGUUCCGACCGAACUUAAUGCCGUGACAUCGUCGUACUGUUAAUAACCGUGUUUCUUCUUGACUUCCGUACACGAUCUCAUCUCGCCCCACAAAAAAGUCGUUUGGGCCUCGAAAAGUAGCAGCUUGCCUCGCAGCUGAAUGCUUUCUCCUUUGCUAUUUCGUUGCAAAAAAAAAAAAACCAAGCAAACAGGAAAUUCCACAUCCAUGCAGAUACGCGAUGUUGUUUCUGCACGAGGGCAGCUGUAGAUAACGUACAGUGCGGGAUGAAUUCAUGCCGUGUAACCCGAGGAAGUCCACGCAUUUCUGCUCUAGUAAUUCGCAAUGCGGUGACGAGCACAUGUGGCGCUCAGCUGAGAAUAUACACUCGCUUAUCUAAAGAGGUCCAAUACAAGAGCUGUGUUCAAAAUGAGGCCGAAAUAUGAGAAAUACUCUCUCUGACAGAUUUGAACCUCGUGUUUACGCUUCGUCCCUGCUUAUGUAAGAGCACCCAUCUGAUAAAACCGAGCGCCAGAAGCUGCGGACGGCAGAUUAUGGCCGACGUUUCCUCAUCACUGCAAGGACGUGCGUUCCGACAUGUGACACGCUUCUUCGUUUGUUUGCCGGCUGAACGCGCAAACACGCAAAUGUUUGCAGGUUUUAGGUUGUUGUGUUUGUUUUGCGAGACUUCAGCCGGGUCAGCGGCUUGUCAAACACAGUUCGCGCCAGGAAUGUGUUCAGAUUGGGUAAGAAGGAAUGGAAGUAACAAUUAAGCAAACAUUUGUCAUCAUAAAACGCUUAAAUGUCGUGCGGCAGAGGUGUAACGCGGUGCCAAAAUUGUAAUCUUCUUUUUCGAAAAAAGCGCAACGUCAGUAGUUGGUCUGUUAAAAUCUUUUCUUUUUAGGAAAAUGCUAUGGCAGUAGUUUGUCUUCUUUUUAGGAACUGAACAACACGACAACAGUGUUGCCAACUUCGCCACUUUGUCACUAUAUUUCGCGAAUAUUCUGACCCUCAAUCAGUGACAAAACUUGUGACUCUUUUCUCGUGUUUUUGUUUUGUUUAUGAGAUUCUGAUAUUCUGUUUAUGAGAUUGUGAUUUGUUUAUGAGAUUCCUCCCAGCUGCUGUAAACUGUAAACCUCAAGACUGAAAGUCCAGGUGUUUUUUUAAAUUUAUUUAUUUUAUACAAUAACAAGUAAAAAUAGUUAGGUUAGAUACAUUUAAGUUAGCCUGUUUUGUUAAAAUCGGAUCGCUUGUGAUGCUUCGAUGCAGAAGGAAGCGCGUCAGCCACGAAGGUAAGUGUGUACAGAUUCCUUUCUGACAAUUACAUUGCUUAGGGUGCCAUUUUAAUCACAUGACAUCAUAAUAAAUUUGCUAUUUUCCUGUGAAUGAGAUUGGCGAUUGAACAUUAUUUUGGGGUUGUGUUGAUGUUGCUGUGCCACGGUACACGAUAGCGAUAUACUGUAAGUACAAUAUGACCUUGAACGAUAUGAUCUUCGGUAACUCAAGCGAGACGGCUUUUUAAUUUCUUUCUUUUUUUAUUUCUGUAAAGUAGUGAUUUUGUUGAUAUAUUUAUUUUUGUUGUGGAAGCUCAUUUGAUUGGCCCUUGAAAAGGUCAAAAGGUUGAAGGCAGUUCACUUUCAUCCCUAAUUUCAUCCUCUUUUGUAUUGGAAUGCGUGUGGAAAUCCACCAGAUGUGCAGCGGGAAACAAUGUGGUUCAAUCCAGUUGUUCCUGGUCCAGAACAAGCUCGUGGCAAGAUUUCAACACAUUUCCCACACUUUCAGACCUCGACGACACUGUUUUGUCGCCGAUACGGUUACCAAAGUCGAGUGUCGCGUUUGACGCAACCGCGUGUCUCCGCUUGCAGGUGGAGAUCCACUGCGAGCACCAGAGGUUCCGGAUAUUCGUGGACGGACACCAGCUCUUUGACUUUUACCACAAAGUAAAAUC